GUUACAAGGUAAAUCAGCGAUCAAUAUUGAAUUUCACGUUGUAUAUAUACCAGAACGAACAUGUCUUUUUAUCAUUGCCUUUAGCAGCAGGCCAUGGAGAAAAGACUUAAAAUAGUCGUUUUAGGUUUAAGUGGAAAAGGAAAGAGUGCUACUGGUAAUACGAUACUUGACAAAAACGUUUUCGAAAGUAAAAUAUCGCAGAAUACAGUAACACAUAACUGUUGCAGUGGAAAAUCAUCCAUCGUUGUUGAUGGAGAACUUGUUGAAGUUCAAGUGGUGGACACACCUGGUCUUUUUGACGGUGAAACAAAACUUGGAGAUAUUGGGCUUGAACUCUUACGAGGGCUGGAAAUAUGUCCACAUCCAGAUGCGUUUCUGAUUGUUUUGGAAAUUGGAAGAAUCACCGAUCUGGAUAUUUUGCAGUUUUCUGCCCUCUCUUGUAUUUUUGGAUACGAGAUAUUCGAUCAUUCCAUUAUCGUGUUUACGCAUGGCGAUAAGCUUAAACAAUCAGAGUACGAUGCAUAUUUACGAAGUUCUAAGAUCCAAGAGUAUGCAGAGGAUUGCGGCAAUAGAGUGGCAAUAAUAGAAAACAGUAAACCAAUAGUGGGUAGAAAUGCUGAGCCACUUUUGAGGUUAAUCAAAGACCUAAGCGGCAAACAGGUGCCUUUCGAGCUUCUGAACAAAGAUGCACGCGUAUCAGCUUUUAAAAGCUUAGCAUCAACAUAUGACGAAAGCCAUUCAGCCGCAAAAGAAGUCAAAAAGCUGAACACAAUGAUGCUCAAAACAAUAAAAGAAGAAGAGCGGAAACAAAAAGAGGAAGAAAUGAAGCGUGCACUAGAUGAAGAGCGGGAAAAAGCCGAGAAAGAAAAAAAGCGUGCAUUACAUGAAGAGCGGGAAAGAGCCAAGAAAGAAAAGGAGCGUGCAUUAGAUAAAGAGCGGGAAAAUGCAGACGAAAACAUGAGGCGUGCUUCAGAAGAAAAGAAUCAAGCCGUUUCAUCACAAAGAUUGACAGAUGCAGCCAAAAUUAUUUGUGCAGAAUUAUGUUUCUUUGCAGUAACGAAAGGUGUGGGAAUGAUCAUUGGAAAAAAAUAAGGUUGCCAACAACAUCGUACAGCAAACGAAAAGACUUCAAAAUGAACUGGUGAAAUCACAGGAGCCGGACCCCUCAGCUUUUGAUUAACAUUUACUCAGUCUAACAUUAGUUAUGGCAUCAGAGUGCAUACAUGUGUGUUACACAUUUUAUAGAGUUAAAAUGAUGUAUAGGAAGAAAAACAAAACAAAAAAAACUUGUAAGACGUUUAUUCAAAGUGAUGUGAAAAUUUGACAGUACACUUUAUAGUGAAUGCGUUGUUUAAAUAAUCAUUGUUUGCUUCAUAAUGCGUAAAUAUGUAGAGUAAUAAUAAUAUUUGUAGCAAUGUAUAUAACUCAAAAUGUUCAGUGUGUUAUAAGUCCAAAAUAUACAGUAAAUGUUGAAAGACGCACUGUAAAAUAUAAUCAGUAUGAAUCAUAUGUUUGAUUGUAUCAGUUAUUUGGGGGCCAUCAUUACAUUGAGUGAAUGACAAAAUAAUGUGGGAUUUCAAUACAAAGCAUUCUAAAAUUGUAUUGCCUAUAUAUGUUGCGCACAAUUAAUAAUGUAAUAAAUGUUAAUGGUAUUUAAGCUGCACCUUUUUACUAUAAAAAACACAAUUAAUACCCAGUCUAAAGAAAAUGUAAAUAUAGAAACCAUAAACCAACCAUCUUUUGUUAUAUAUUUUUUGUGUUGUUAAACUUGAUAAUAUGUGCACUAUAAAUUUCAAAUAUCUAUUCAUUUCUGAUGCAUAUACGAUAUUUUUUGGGCUUAUUUCUAUUUAUGUGGUACCACAUGUCAAUGUAUACGUAUAUAGCAACUUGUCAUAUUGCUUUAAUUUGUAUUGUAUUGUUACAUGCAUGCAUUUUCAUUGUAUAGUUUACAUGUUCUGUGAUAUUACAAAUACAAAUGCAAGAUAAAAUGAAAACAGACAAAUCUCUUACAAAUAUUACAUACGGUUUGGGACAAACUUUUGUGAUGCGAGGCAAUAUUUGUCGCUGAGUGACUUUCCAAAAUUUUAUGAGAAAAUUUCCUUUAUUUUUAUGCCCCCGAAGGUGGGCAUAUUAAAAUCGCACCGUCCGUCCGUCCUUCCGUGUGUCCGGCUCAAUAACUCGUGUCCGGGCUGUAACUUUCCCUUGUAUGGACAGAUUUUAAAAUAAAUUGCCACAUGUGUUCCACAUACCAAGACGACGUGUGGCGUGCAAGACCCGUGCCCCUACCUCAAAGGUCAAGGUCACACUUAGUGUUUAUUCACAAUGGAGUGCUGCAUAUAGGACAUAAAGUAUAGGUUGUCGUGUCCGGGCUGUAACUUUCCCAUGUAUGGACAGAUUUUAAAAUAACUUGCCACAUGUGCUCCACAUACCAAGACAAUGUGUCGCGUGAACGACCCGUGUCCCUACCUCUAAGGUCAAGGUCACACUUAGUGUUUAUUCACAACAGAGUGCUGCAUAUAAGGACAUAGAGUAUAAGUUGUCGUGUCCGGGCUGUAACUUUCCCUUGUAUGGACAGAUUUUAAAAUAACUUGCCACAUGUGUUCCACAUACCAAGAUGACGUGUCGCGUGCAAGACCCGUGUCCCUACCUCUAAGGUCAAGGUCACACUUAGGUGUUUAUUUACAACAGAGUGCUGCAUAUAAGGACAUAGAGUAUAAGUUGUCGUGUCCGGGCUGUAACUUUCCCUUGUAUGGACAGAUGUUAAAAUAACUUGCCACAUGUGUUCCACAUACCAAGACGACGUGUCCCUAUCUCAAAGGUCAAGGUCACACUUGGGUGUUUAUUCACAAUGGAAUGCUGCAUAUAUAAGGACAUAACAGUGUCGGUUGUCAACUAUGGGUGGUAUUUUUUAUGUUUAGAGGCAAUUUAAAAAUAACUUGCCAUAUGUAUUUGACAUGUAAAGGCAAGAUCAACUUUUCAUGUACUGACCUUGUUCAUAGAUCAAUGUCACAAUCGGGGGCAUUCGUCACAUACUGUGACAGCUCUUGUUUUGUAAUGUUUUAAUUUUCGAGAAUAUUUAGUUUUUAUAUUCAAUUUUCCGCAGUCUUUUUUGAGUUAUUUUGAUUGCAAGUUAGUGUUUUGACAUUUCGUAUAGGAUUUUACUUGUUGCCUUUUCUUAAUUAUUGUCACCAUAAUUAUCUCAUAUCUUAAUCUUAUUGCUACAACUUGUAAGUUUACCCCGCUAUGACGAUCAUCAACGUACUUGGACAACUUGUGUAUAACCGUAUAACCAGAAUAGUUUUGCCAACUUCUCAAUUACCUAUUUGACGAUUGCCAUUUUUUGAAUCACACUUCCCAUUCGGAGCUCCUCGGCCAUUUUUUCAAAAACAACCUCGGAUGUAUGCCGGUACAUCUGUUGAAGUAGUCCGAUUUUUUUUUAAUAAAAGCAUUAAUUAAAUGUUGUGAUUAAGAGUUGUAUUCAUUGCUCUCAGUUUAAAUUGAUUGCCAGUGAAGUGUAUUAUUGCAAACAUAAUUACGAUUCCCAAGAGUUAAGUCAUAAAUUUUAACUACUAAAUAAGAUUACUACGCGAUCUACUUGCAGCGGACUUAAACGUACCACUUUUUAAGUAUGUAAACCGUCCAUAUACAUCCGAGGUUGUUUUUGAAAAAAUGGCCGAGGAGUUCCGAAUGUCACACUUCCUUAAUCUUCAUUGGUAGAUUACAAUUUAAUUAUCAUUGGUAACUUCUACUCUUUCAUUUCAUAAGUAGUCAGUACAUUUUCAUAAAUAAUGGACAAACAAAAGAAUUAACUUUGUACUUUUAAUCUUUAUAUCACUGAAAUAUUGUAACUACUUUUAUAGUGAUAAGAUGUUGUUUAUUCUUACUAUCAUAGUUAUUUUCACAUAAACUAUUUGAUGUUUCUUGUUGGAUCAUUGUUUGGAUUUAUUUUGGAUUGAUUUUUAAACUUUAGUGUGUAAUUAAUAAAGAACCCAUUUGGA